AUGGCUGCGGCCCUGCCUGGAGCCUGCGGGGACCCCUCCCUGCUGCCCUCUGCGCAUUUUCCCCCAGGGACAGGGUCGCCGUCGCCCCUGGAAACCCCGGGAGAGAUGCUCCCUUACAGGCACCUCCAUCUCCUCGGGUCCCUAGUGUGCAAGGAGGGCCCGAAGCAGCCACCGGAGCUGCCUCUCGCGCACGUUCAGCCCGCCUCGAGGCCGGGCUCCGUGGGCUGGGGCCGCUGGGCGUCGCGAGUGGGGCCCGGGGAUCUCGGGGCCCGGGGAUCUCGGGGCCCGCUCCCUCCCGGCCCUGCACGCCCGGAUCCCUCCUCGCGCGUCGGCGCUCCGGUCCAGACCCAGCGCGGGGACCCCAAGCCUGAGUCCCGCGGGGCUCAGGCGACAGGUUCCGGCCGAGGAACCAGGGCGGCCCCGGGUCCGCGAGGUCGUCCCGGGCCCCGCGAGUGCCGUGUGUGUGUUUUCUUUCCCUCUCCACAGGCCUUGAACCGGGGUAUUGCUGCUGUAAAGGAAGAUGCAGUCGAAAUGCUGGCCAGCUACGGGCUGGCGUACUCCCUAAUGAAGUUCUUCACAGGACCCAUGAGCGACUUUAAAAACGUGGGUCUGGUGUUUGUGAACAGCAAGCGCGACAGGACCAAAGCCGUCCUCUGCAUGGUGGUGGCUGGCGCCAUUGCCGCUGUCUUCCACACCCUGAUAGCUUAUAGCGACUUAGGCUACUACAUCAUCAAUAAGCUGCACCACGUGGAUGAGUCGGUGGGGAGCAAGACGAGAAGGGCCUUCCUGUACCUUGCUGCCUUCCCCUUUAUGGAUGCGAUGGCAUGGACCCAUGCUGGCAUUCUCUUAAAACAUAAAUACAGUUUCCUGGUGGGAUGUGCCUCAAUCUCAGAUGUCAUAGCUCAGGUUGUUUUUGUGGCCAUUUUGCUGCACAGUCACCUGGAAUGCAGAGAGCCUCUGCUCAUUCCAAUCCUGUCCUUGUACAUGGGCGCGCUCGUCCGCUGCACCACCCUGUGCCUGGGUUACUACAGGAACAUUCACGACAUCAUCCCUGACCGCAGCGGACCAGAGCUGGGGGGAGAUGCAACAAUCAGAAAGAUGCUGAGCUUCUGGUGGCCUUUGGCCCUCAUCUUGGCUACACAGAGAAUCAGUAGGCCCAUUGUUAACCUCUUUGUUUCCCGUGACCUUGGCGGCAGUUCUGCAGCUACGGAGGCGGUGGCGAUUUUGACAGCAACGUACCCCGUGGGUCACAUGCCAUAUGGCUGGUUGACGGAAAUCCGCGCUGUCUAUCCUGCUUUUGACAAGAACAACCCCAGCAACAAACUGGUGAACGCCAGCAACACCGUCACGGCGGCCCACAUCAAGAAGUUCACCUUCGUCUGCAUGGCCUUGUCGCUGACGCUCUGCUUUGUGAUGUUCUGGACCCCCAAUGUUUCCGAGAAAAUUUUGAUAGACAUCAUUGGUGUGGACUUUGCCUUCGCAGAACUCUGUGUUGUUCCCUUGCGGAUCUUCUCCUUCUUCCCAGUCCCAGUCACUGUGAGGGCCCACCUGACCGGGUGGCUGAUGACACUGAAGAAGACCUUCGUCCUGGCCCCCAGCUCCGUGCUGCGCAUCAUCGUCCUCAUCACCAGCCUCGUGGUCCUGCCCUACCUAGGGGUCCACGGAGCCACUCUGGGCGUCGGCUCUCUCCUCGCGGGGUUCGUGGGCGAGUCCACCAUGGUCGCCAUAGCCGCCUGCUACGUCUACCGGAAACAGAAAAAGAAGAUGGAGAACGAGUCCGCCGCCGAGGGGGAGGACUCCGCCAUGACCGACAUGCCGCGGGCGGAGGAGGUGGCGGACCUUGUGGAGAUGCGAGAAGAGAGCCAGUAGGGCUGUUCGCUGCAGGGACAGCGGGGGCCACGCUUCAGCACCGUUUCUUCUCCCAUCGUUUUGUUCCUUUCUUUUUUUUGAAACGAAAGAGGCCUUGAUUAAAGGUUUCAUGUAAAUUCACUAGCAUACUGGGUAUGCUCACGCAGAUGUGGGGCCUAGAGGAAGGUCUUUGCUGUUGCUUUGUAAAAACAAACCAACAAAACAAUUGAAUUCAUUCCCCUGCUUCAUGAAAACCCAAAAGACACGGCUGCCUCACAGUAGAAGCCGCCUCCUCCUCCUCCUCCACGGGACAAUCUCCACACGGAACCAAAGGACUGUGGCUGUGCCACCGCCUCUCGGCUGCCUCUCGGGCCACCGCUGCCCGGCAGGCCACAGACUCUGUCCCUUCUCCUCCUUCUUAAGAAUCAACUGGUUGAAACCCAGCUGUCUUCAGUUUUCUU